AUGGAGGAUUAUAACAGUCAUAAAUUGAGAGCUGAGUACUUAAAAGUCGUAUAUGGAAGAGCAACUUUGGAUCUGAAUGGAAAAGGACUAUCCAGGGUACCUGAUGCAGUCACUGAACUGAGUGAAGUGAAGGAACUUACGCUUAAAGACAAUAAUCUGACUGAGUUGCCAAGAAGUAUUAACAAGCUGAACAGGCUUGAAGAGCUGUACUUGGAUGGAAACAAUCUUACUGAAUUACCUGCUGAGAUUGGUGACCUAAAGGAGCUGAAGAGCCUGAGUGUGAAUGACAACCAGUUGGUUGGUUUACCUACCAGUAUUCAAAAGCUAACUAGUCUUCCAAGGCUGCUCAUGGAUGGAAACAAUCUUACUGAAUUACCUGCUGAGAUUGGUGACCUAAAGGAGCUGAGUUGGCUGAGUAUGAAUAACAACCAGUUGGUUGGUUUACCUACCAGUAUUCAAAAGCUGAACAGGCUUGAAAGGCUGCUCUUGGAUGGAAACAAUCUUACUGAAUUACCUGCUGAGAUUGGUGACCUAAAGAAGCUGUGGUGGCUGAGUGUGAGUAACAACCAGUUGGUUGGGUUACCUACCAGUAUUCAAAAGCUGAACAGGCUUCAAUGGCUGUACUUGGAUGGAAACAAUCUUACUGAAUUACCUGCUGAGAUUGAUGACCUAAAGGAGCUGAGGCAGCUGAGUGUGAAUAACAACCAGUUGGUUGGUUUACCUACCAGUAUUCAAAAGCUGAACAGGCUUGAAAGGCUGCUCUUGGAUGGAAACAAUCUUACUGAAUUACCUGCUGAGAUUGGUGACCUAAAGGAGCUGAGUUGGCUGAGUGUGAGGAACAACCAGUUGGUUGGUUUACCCACCAGUAUUCAUAAGCUGAACGGGCUUGAAAAGCUGAACUUGGAUGGAAACAAUCUUACUGAAUUACCUGCUGAGAUUGAUGACCUAAGGGAGCUGAGUUGGCUGAGUGUGAAUAACAACCAGUUGGUUGGUUUACCUACCAGUAUUCAAAAGCUGAACAGGCUUCAAAGGCUGCUCUUGGAUGGAAUCAAUCUUACUGAAUUACCUGCUGAGAUUGGUGACCUAAAGAAGCUGUGGUGGCUGAGUGUGAGUAACAACCAGUUGGUUGGGUUACCUACCAGUAUUCAAAAGCUGAACAGGCUUCAAUGCCUGGUCUUGGAUGGAAACAAUCUUACUGAAUUACCUGCUGAGAUUGGUGACCUAAAGGAGCUGAGUUGGCUGAGUAUGAAUAACAACCAGUUGGUUGGUUUACCUACCAGUAUUCAAAAGCUGAACAGGCUUCAAAGGCUGCUCUUGGAUGGAAACAAUCUUACUGAAUUACCUGCUGAGAUUGGUGACCUAAAGAAGCUGUGGUGGCUGAGUGUGAGUAACAACCAGUUGGUUGGGUUACCUACCAGUAUUCAAAAGCUGAACAGGCUUCAAUGGCUGUACUUGGAUGGAAACAAUCUUACUGAAUUACCUGCUGAGAUUGAUGACCUAAAGGAGCUGAGGCAGCUGAGUGUGAAUAACAACCAGUUGGUUGGUUUACCUACCAGUAUUCAAAAGCUGAACAGGCUUGAAAGGCUGCUCUUGGAUGGAAACAAUCUUACUGAAUUACCUGCUGAGAUUGGUGACCUAAAGGAGCUGAGUUGGCUGAGUGUGAGGAACAACCAGUUGGUUGGUUUACCCACCAGUAUUCAUAAGCUGAACAGGCUUCAAUGGCUGUACUUGGAUGGAAACAAUCUUACUGAAUUACCUGCUGAGAUUGAUGACCUAAAGGAGCUGAGGCAGCUGAGUGUGAAUAACAACCAGUUGGUUGGUUUACCUACCAGUAUUCAAAAGCUGAACAGUCUUGAAAGGCUGCUCUUGGAUGGAAACAAUCUUACUGAAUUACCUGCUGAGAUUGGUGACCUAAAGGAGCUGAGUUGGCUGAGUGUGAGGAACAACCAGUUGGUUGGUUUACCCACCAGUAUUCAUAAGCUGAACAGGCUUCAAUGGCUGUACUUGGAUGGAAACAAUCUUACUGAAUUACCUGCUGAGAUUGAUGACCUAAAGGAGCUGAGGCAGCUGAGUGUGAAUAACAACCAGUUGGUUGGUUUACCUACCAGUAUUCAAAAGCUGAACAGUCUUGAAAGGCUGCUCUUGGAUGGAAACAAUCUUACUGAAUUACCUGCUGAGAUUGGUGACCUAAAGGAGCUGAGUUGGCUGAGUGUGAGGAACAACCAGUUGGUUGGUUUACCCACCAGUAUUCAUAAGCUGAACAGGCUUGAAAAGCUGAACUUGGAUGGAAACAAUCUUACUGAAUUACCUGCUGAGAUUGAUGACCUAAGGGAGCUGAGUUGGCUGAGUGUGAAUAACAACCAGUUGGUUGGUUUACCUACCAGUAUUCAAAAGCUGAACAGGCUUCAAAGGCUACUCUUGGAUGGAAUCAAUCUUACUGAAUUACCUGCUGAGAUUGGUGACCUAAAGGAGCUGAGGCGGCUGAGUGUGAAUAACAACCAGUUGGUUGGUUUACCUACCAGCAUUCAAAAGCUGAACAGUCUUCAAAGGCUGCUCUUGGAUGGAAACAAUCUUAAUGAAUUACCUGCUGAGAUUGGUGACCUAAACGAGCUGAGUUGGCUGAGUGUGAGGAACAACCAGUUGGUUGAUUUACCUACCAGUAUUCAUAAGCUGAACAGGCUUGAAAAGCUGAACUUGGAUGGAAACAAUCUUACUGAAUUACCUGCUGAGAUUGGUGACCUAAAGGAGCUGAAGAGCCUGAGUGUGAGUGGUAAUCCUUUAACUGUUGAUGCUUUACAUCUUGCUCUAAAGUUGGAUAAAAGAGGACUGUCCACUGAUGUUGCAGGUGAGGACAAAUAAAGGCUAAGUUAAAUUGAACCCUUAUUACAUUAAUAACAAAUAAACUUCUAAAAAUUUCCCUGAAAAAGAUAAGUCCAGAUUGUGACAUCUAAAUAGCGACACUGGACAUCCAAGGAACCACAGGAGACUCAAAGAUUAGUGUGCUGCUCGACUGACUAGGGCUUGCAGCAAUUUUAGCGAUCAGAGACACGCGCCGUCCAAUCAGUUUGAUGUAAAUUUUAAAAAAAAUGUAUGGGGUUUUAGCACAAACAAGUAUUUUCCAUAAACUAAAAGGCCGCAGACUCAUUUUUCUUUUUGAAAACUGUAUUUGACCACACGAAUUAAUAUUUUAUUUUAUCUUUUUAAUCUUGAAAAAUAUUGAUAUUUGAUUGGACUGACUCCUGUGAUCUAAGACCAAAAACAAGGAAUAUCAGUAAAUUCACCUCCUAGUGAAUUAGCCCCCUACAAGUUCGCCCUCUACUUUCUGAGUUCACCACGCAUUGGUAUACUCGAAAUUCGAGUUAAAUCACGCACUUACAACAGACAUUUAUUUAAAUCAUACCUGUGAACUGGAUUAGGUUAUUGAAGGAAAUCUCUGUAAUCGAAACUUUACUGUAUGGUAGGUCGGCGGCAAUUGGUGUCUCGAAAUCUAAGACCUAAAUGACCUUGAAAAAACUGCAUGAAAACAGUAUCUUCUUACAAGUUGCUUAAUCAAAGAGUGAAGUUAAAUAAAGUUAAACUCACUGACUUCCAAAAACAGUCCCAAUCAUGACAUGAAUGAAAAUUCAAUGAAACAUUUACAACAGCAAGUUGCCAAGUUGAGAGUGAUUUGUUGAAAGCUAACGAGUGUAUAGCUUUGCAAAGUCGCUAAAUUUUACAGACUUAAAACACUUUGUCUCACUCAUGGAUAGUUUCAUUUAAUUGCCUUAAAUGUUAAACUUCGAUCUUGAAUAAAGCAUGUUUUCCAGGUCUGGUAGUGACUGUGAGUUUUAGGAAACGGCCCUCUGAGAGAGUUCACCUUUCACCGUAACCAAGAAACAACUUAAUUCCUGCUGACAAAAAAAAACUUACGCCUGCAGUCAAUUGAAAGCUAGUAACUUUUAUACGUACACUAUUCUAUAAUUUUGUUUAUUUCUUCAUUUUAUUGCAAAUACGUUCCUUUGUUGUAAUGAAUUUUUAAGAGUCUAUGUAAUUAAAGUAUGUUUUAUUUUUAAUAUUUAAUUUAUAAGUUAUAUAUUUUUAUCACCUAUUUGGUUAUAUGUUAUCUACAUAGAAACAUUGAUGUACACUAAAAUAUUGACUUUCAGAUAGGUUGCAGGUACCCACAUUAGCUAGAAAGUGUGACAUUUCACAUUGGGGCAGUGAUGCAGAUCGUUGGACAGUGCGACGGAUAGACGUACGGUCACGUGACUUCCAAAAUUUCUCUGCUAUAAUUCUCUGCAUGUAGCAGCUCUCCUAAUCCUAAAUGCCAAUUGGUUCGGUACCCUAACUGUGAAAAAAUGGGAAAUAAUGAUAAACAGUGAUGUGUUAUUGAUUUCUGCGAUCAAUGAGGAAACACCUUACGAGCAGCUCCUACAUUUACUGUUUAGUUCUAAUAUUGAAAAUCAGACAAUUAAGAAGAAAAAAAGCAAGCACUAAAAAUCUUGAGACAAAAGUAUUUGUUCUCAUUGAAAACUAAAACAUUGAAACCAAAAGAUAACUGGCAGUUUAUAAUAGUUAAGUUUUUUUAAAAACCUCAAAUCAAAAUUUAACUGCACAAAGUUAGCUACUUUAUGUUGCUUAUACUAAAGGCGAUGAAUUACAUAUAAAUAAAAGAAGAAAGAGCGAAGCAGCAUUUGUCAAUGCCCAUCCACGAAAAUCACAUGUUUACUGUAAAUGAAAUCAUGCAACUUGAUAAAACAAAACUUAAACUACAUUAAUUUGGAAGAAGGAGAAAUCUUACACCAGAAAGCUCAGAAAAAAUUCCGAUCUCCAGCCAAGAAUCGAACUCACGACCCUCCGAAGGUAACGAUAACAGUUAAAAAGUAACUUUCAAUUCACUUACCUUCUAUGGUAAGAUUUCUUUAAUCAUGUUCUUGAUCGUUAGCAUUAAUCUGAGACGCAGCUGCUAAUAGUCGGUAAACACUGAAUCAUAUUAAGGACAUUACUUUGGGUAAAAAGACCAUCAAGACUAAACUAGUACAUUACAGUGCGGACAAUCAAACCGAAAACUUGGAAGAAAAUUGUCCAAUCACGACGUUUUCUCCAAAUAAAAGAUUCUCAAGUGUUUUUGCAGACAGACUAAUAAAAUUCAAGUAUUCAACUAUGCAACCGUUGAAAUUUUUAAAACCGUUUGAACUUACCUGACCUAUCAGGAAACAGCCCUCAAAUUGAUGGAUGUUGUUGCACGGCCCGUAUGCAAAAAAAAUCGAGCAUCUUGUUUUCAGAAAACGUUGUGAUUGUACAAUCUUCUUCCAAGUGUCCCGGUUUGAGUGUCCGCUCUGUAAGUUUGAACAAAGCAUGCAGAGUUGCAGUUGUGUUUGCCCAUGAAGGGAUUAUUGAGUUGUAAAAAUGUCUCUCCAUGAUCUGCACGUUACCGGUUGGUUCUAAUAAACAAAGACUGACGUGACAAGUAAAACGACACAUUUACGAGGGUCAUGUCUGACACAUGAUUUUAAAAUUUUGUAUUCUUUGUAGCUCCCGAGGAAAUAGAAGCACGAGGAGAAAGAGCGCAGCUUGUUUAUCAACGUGCUCUUAGAGAUGGAGCUGUUAGUGUUCAGCGUUCUCGGAUAUUGCUUAUUGGUCAGGAUAGGGCAGGAAAAACAAGCUUGAAAAAAUCUCUCAUUGGUCUGCCAUUUAAUCGUCACGAAAAUAGUACUGAAGGAAUUGAAGUGGAUCCGUCAAUCUUUCAAGUGCAUGCCGACGAAGUUAAGAACUGGCAACCCAUUGAUAAGAGUGAACGAGGGUUGUUGGGUUGUUCUAAAGAUGUGGCACAGAUGCUGGUGGGAAAGCUUUGUUUUGAGGAGGAGAAAGAAGAUCCAGAAAUACACGACAGUGACCAGCUUAAAAAUAAAAAUUACAGGAGUGGGACGAACGCGGAUGAUGCUGAUGGUGAAAAGAGAGACGAUUCAUUUGUGAACCAGGUUUGUUUCCAGUUAAAUCUUGGCUUUCUUAUAGCAGAAAUAGGUGGCCCGCCUACCCUCACGAAACUUGGUUUAAAAUAGCACAUGUAUUCGUUUAUUCAGUUGAGACUCCCUUUGAAGCGCUUUUCAGUCACAAUGGGCUAACUAUUUACAGCUAACUUAAGAUACAAGAAAAAGUAAUUAAAAUAGUCAACUAAUUAUAAGUAGUAAAAUGAUGAAAGUCAUUUUAAGAAGAUUUUCGUUAAUCUCUUCUUAAAAAUUCGGGAAUCUGCUACUUCUUUCGUGUCGGGCGGGGUUCGAAACUGGAUGGGUAACAUUAUAUUGUCUGCCGGAUGAAAAAAGACGAUAGAAAUCAAACAAUUACCGCGGUUCGCUUUCUUUGAUCGAUCUGUGGAAAAAGUGCCAAGUUGAUAUUGGGUGGUCCUCGGUGUAUUACAUGAGUUCCGAAGGCACUUCCUACACGCAUACUUAACCGACAGAAGCAAAUUGGUCUGCUAAGUGAGACUCACUUAAAAAUAUUCAUUAAAUGUCUCGAUUUUUGCUCUUCUUCUGAAGCUGAUAGUCUAAAUGUCUUUCUUUGUAAAAAAAACUUCUGCCGUCGAAAUUCAUCGCUUGCAAUUACAAUUGGUGAUCGAUGUUAUUGCAGACCGCCACCAAGAGGUACUAGGUAUAUACUGUAAAUUACCUUUUAAGCGUCCGGGGCGUCUAUAUGAUUUUAGGAAUCCAAGCGCGGGGGCGUUUUAUAGAUAGGCUCCAUGCGUUUAAAAGAGAGAGGCGUUUAUUCUCAUAACUGUAACCAGCUCAACAAAUGUUAUAUGCUUUCGGCAAAAAUAUCAAGAGAGUUUAAAAAUAGCCGAAUAAGCCGCCAGAGAUCCUUAUCGCUCAAAUCCCAACAUCGAUGUCAGGGUUAUUGUGUUAUGUCUUCGUUAUUCUAUCCAUACUUUGAACUUGACAUUGAACAAGAUGAAAUACACAAAGCCUUGUUUAUUAUAAAAGCAAGAAUCUGAAUGGACUGAAUGAUUUUGAUCCCUUUUUCUUAAUCGUAGUAUUUUGUAGUAAUUCUCAUAGGGGGCGUCUAAAUCAAUUUUAUCAGCGUAGAGGGAGGGCGUUUAUUAUAUGAGGCGUUUACUUGCGGCAAACGUCGCACCAUUUAUGCGCCUAUUUCAAAAUUAAUAGAUUCGACGAAUUAAGUUCGACUAAGAUUCGACGUUUUCCCGGGCCUAACAUUCUGCCUCGCUGUGCGAUCCACGCGCGAUGCGAAUGAAGACAAUUUUUUGUAACUUUCGUUACGCGAGGAAUGAGUCAUGAUAUUAUAUAACGAUAAAAUGUUAUUGUCACUCAAUGUCAACGUUUCAAAUUAUAUUAUUUGCAACAUUCAUUUAAGGCCCCGUUAUUAUAAACACAAAUCGCAACAUAUUUGAAUCCGCAUAUUAAUUUUUAUCACAGUUUUUUUUUUACAUAAAGGAGUUUUCGUUCACAUGAAACCAAUGAAUCCGCUGACCGCGAAACCGCAUCUUUUUGAAACUGCUCUCCCCAAUGAUUGUUUGCAGUGCAUCAUGGGAAUAGCUUAAUUUAUGCCUUUGCCGAGGUUUCGACAGUUUUAAUAUUUUGUAUGCAAAUUUUUGUCCUCACAAAGCAACAAACAGGUUUGUUCUGAAUAGAUGUUUGUGCAGGUUUGAAUCUGUUUGGUUGAUGCCCAUCUCCCCAAUGAUAAUGUCUUGAUGUUUGAGUUGAUCCAUCCUUUUUUUGGAAUAAUAGUACAGUAAACACCCGCAUAUAAAAACAAAUGGAUUGAGAACAUCAGGCUGAAAUUUGGUUCAUAAAGCACCAUAUAAGUAAGAACCAGUCAGCCUGAUAAAUAAAACAUGUGCUUAUAUAAUAAGGGAGAGGAUGUCAGAAUAAGAAAGCAAUGUAACUGUAUGGUUGGUGCUAGACAAUUACAAAACUAUAACAGAUUUCUUGGCUGAAGAGUCAAUGGUGGCCCCGGUUGAGUUAAUAGUAUGACUGUAAGAAAUAUUUUGAAAAUGUUGAAACUGUUACAUUUCUACUCGUAAACGUUAACGAGUUUACUACAUGACAGAUUUUUAUUUUAUUUAUUGAUCUACUGAUUUGUUUACUUACUUAUUUUGUCAUUGGUAUUAAAGAUUAAACUAUGCUAACUAAACCUCUGGUAACAUGUUAAGUGUAGUAUUUCUGACAAACUUAUUAAGAACAUCUUCAGGCUGAUUUCUUACUAACCACGUGAUAAAGAAGAACUACACCAGCCUGAACCUCGAAAUCAUGUGUUCUUAUGUGCGGGUGUUUACUGUAUCGGAUGAAUAAUUUACAGUCUUAUUGUGUCCUGUUAUAGGUCCCUGAUCCAAAAAAGGAAGGUGUCAGUGAAGUGACAUCAUCAGAGCCUGAACAUGAGAUAAUGAUUGAUACUACUUCACCUCCUGACGAGAUCACAAAGCGCGCUGAAGAGUUGAUAAAGUAUGUAAAAGGUGAAAAACGAGCAAAAGUUGUCACCAAAAAAUCCGUUAGUAGUAUUGAUCUGUGGGAUUUUGCUGGACAACAGCUGUACUAUGCAUCUCAUCCUGUAUUUUUAACAUCACGUGCAAUAUAUAUAUUGGUGUGCAACCUCAGCAAAUCAUUGCAUGACACUGCCCAGCCCUGUGUGAGGCAAGGAAAUCAUAAUUUCACGUUGGACAAUCCAAAUGGGGAAACAAAUUUGGAGAACCUGCUAUCUUGGCUGUCCACAGUGCAUAGCAUCACACAGAUGCGAAGACAAACUCGUGACGAUGCAGAAGGAAAGCUGCCUCAUCUGCGUCCCCCUGUGAUCAUUGUAGGCACCCAUGCAGACAAACCGUUUGAAGACAUUGCAACAAUGAAGAGAACAAUACAGAAGGCAAUUGCUGGUAAGGACUAUGAAGGACAUGUAGUGCGGCCUAUCUUCUCCAUUGACAACUCUGCAAAAUUAAUUCAGAGAAGGUUGGAAAAGGUUUUUAGAAAAGAUAAAAACAUUGAUGACAUCCAAGAGCUAAAAGACAAAAUCAUGGAAGUGUUGAGACAGGAGCCAUACAUGAAGGAAAGGAUACCUGUGAGGUAAAUAAAGUGAAUAAUAGAACACAGAUGUCUUUUGACGAGAAUUUCCAUGUUAAUUAAGGGUUGCGGUUUGAAAGCAUGAAAACUACAGUGGACAUAUGUACAUAUACACUGUGGGCCUUUGUCCAGUCCAUAUAGCAUUUUGCUUGCAUAUCCAAAGAGGUCUAUGUUUUACCAGUAAAUAGUUGGCUACAUGGGGAUAAAAAAUCCUAGUAUACGAUACCUAAAGGCUGCCGGCACAUCGUAAGUCAGUCACUUAGGUUGAAGGGCAGUCUAGAGACUGUCAGUAAUAGGAAAAAAUAAACACGUGAAUACUGAAACAAGCGAACGCAGAAAUAUUACAUAAGUCACUCAAAAACGUCUUUCUUUACGCUUCCUAAUAUGUGAUGCAGGCCCUCUCUUUUAACAUGUAAUUUAUUCCAAUGCAUUAGUUUACCUAAGAACAAAGGCAAAUUAAAUUUAAACCAAAGAUAAAUAUAAACCACAGAGUCACCCUAUAUCACAACGUUGCUUUACCUUGAAGGAAAUCGGCAAAGGAAGGGUUUGAUGGGAGGUGGCUUUCCAGAACAUUUUUAAAUAGAGUCUAUUUAAUAGAGUUGUUAUUCUGAAUAAUAAUUUGGGUAAUAAGCAGCCAUGGGCGCUGAUCAUUUAUAAUAAUCAUCAUAAUAAUUUAUUAUUCAGUUUGUAAGGUGCAAAAUAAUAUUUAAAUAUGAUCUUUCGGGGGUCGUUACUAUGGCGGAGCCAAAAGCGUGAUAUAGAAAACUGUUAGAGACAACAUUUUAUUUCCAAACAAAAGGGCGAAAAGUCGCUAAAAAAUAAAAAUCGUCAAGUUUCUCCUCGCUGUUAUGUGGGUGGCUUCUUCUUGUGUGAACCGUUUUCAAGAUGUAAUAGAAAAAGGAAUCGGGGGGAGAUUGGGGUGAAGUGGGGUUGCUAUUUUUGGGAUUCCUUAGCAUUAAUUAUCAUUUUUUUUAGCGGUACCUUCGGGACUUAUAAGUGGCCACAUUUUGUGACGUUACAUUCGGGGUCCGUUACUUUUUCGGGAAUUUUACUUAAGGUGGCCACAAUAAAUUAUGUGAGCUCUUAUUACUAAAUGGUUGCCACUUAACACGUCAGGACUUGUAGAAUUUAUAUUUGAACCUCUGCACAACGGCCACCUUGGGGACAGAAGAUAGUGGCCAUUGUAGAGAGGUUUAAACAUGAGUCACUGUAUGGACUGUCCGCCAAACAAAAAUGACCAUUGUAGAGAGGUGGCCGUUAGUGGAGGUUCGACUGUAGUUAGCUUCUGUGAUUGUGUUAUAUCUACAUGGUUUAGAUUACGUGCAAAACUUCUGCACAUGAAUCGCUUCAAGCCACAAGAACUGCCCGAUGACACGAAUACUUUCCUUCAUCUUUUUAUAAUCCAGGUGGCUGAACUUUGAGAAGGUCCUCAAUGCUUUGCUGGCCAAGAAAGUUUACCAUUUGCUCUUAAGCGAACUUCAAACCUAUGUGAGGGACAACUGCUUUAUAAAUGACGAGGAAGAGUUCACUACCAUGGUGGAUUUCUACCAUGACCUGGGUAUAAUUAUCAAGCAUUGCAGCACAGUCAUUGUGAGCGCUGAGUGGUUAAUAGACCUAUUCAAGCAGCUGAUAACCAUUCCACCAUUUGAUGAAACGGUAAGGUCCGAAAUACGUUCGUUAGGUGUUUUCAAACUAUUGCAGCAGCUUUCUCUUCUAGCUCUUUUUAUUUAUUUAUUUAUUUAUUUAUUUAUUUAUUUGACACACAAUAGUAAAAAUACAACAACAAAAAUGUAAGAUAAGUAGCAAAAGAGACGUGGCGAGGAGACCUAAGAGAAACUACAAAAAGCCUCCUCGAAUUACGGGCUUUUUUAUAAUUUCGUUGUCAAGUGAACUAAAAAACUUUCGAUCUUGAAAAAAGGAAAUUUCUUAGUGUUUGUUCAACAAUAGGGUAGACGGUACGAUUGACCUGCACCCAUCCAAACCUCUUAUUUCAUUGGUCCCUAUAACCUGCACUACCUAUUGUUUUUAGGGAUAGUUGCAUUGUUAUGUCACCAUCCUUUUUUCCUUUUUUUUGUUUUCCAGCCAAUCACAAACCUUGUUUGUAAUAGGUGCAGGUCGGCCUAGGAAUGUCUAGUAUUGUUACAAGACUGGUAUUGAUAUUGUUUAGGAAAAGUUGGUAUGUAACAUGAAUACAUUGGUGUCGUCGGCAAACAAGAUAUAAAAUUUAAUAAACUAGAAGCAUUGUUAAGACAACAAAAAACUUUUUAACGAACGAUGGCCAUUUAAUUCAAUAUAUUGCAUUCUGCUUGCAAAACUACUUCUUAUUCAGUCCAGUUCUAAACCACGAAUACCUCAGAUGUUCGAGUUUAUCAAAAAUAUUGGCAUAAUUACGGCGUCAACUGCUUUUGAGAGGUCAAGAAAAAUACAGACGUCACUUGAAAAACCUUUUAAUCUCUCUACAUUUUAUUUCUCAGGAACCUAAGGUUUCCAAACUCUGGCAGGAAGUUAAAGAAAGUGGAGUCCUCAGCAUGGAACUGCUUCAUCAUGUGUUUUCUAAGUUUCUUCUGAAGGGCGCUGCAAAGGAUGACAUUCUGGACCUGAUGGAACAAUUUGGUUUGAUUGCAAAGUUUUCACCUUCUAAAACUGAUGAAAAGUAUUUUGUGCCAUGCCAGCUCAGAAUGCCACCUGAUUCCAUUUGUGCCAUGGUACCCUCAAGCUCAGAUCCUUGUCCUCUUUAUGUUUACUUUGUUACUGGUUCUGUUCCUCAUGGCCUGUUCACACGGCUUGUUUCUCGCCUUGUCCGGUGGUCUUCUGAGGCUGGUCCAGCUCAGCCCCCUACCCUAUAUCAAAAUGGAGCAUGGUUCGUCAUUGGGAGGAAAAUUGUCCAUGAUUUAAUUCUUAUUUGUAAGAAGCAGUUCAUAAAGUUUUUCGUCAAGCAAAAAAUCCAGCGUCAGAAGAUUUCAAUAGAGUACACAAGCGGGGUAGCGGUGCAGGUGCGUGAGUUUGUGGAGGCAACUUUACAAACCUUGUCACAUGAUCUUCUGUAUUUGCGUGGAGUGCAGUACGAGAUUCGGGUGGCCUGCCCAUACUGUCAGCUGGAAAAGUGCUCAGGCCAUAAUCAGAUGGGUUGUACUCAUGACGGCUGUCUUCACCUCCUGGAGUUAAAACAAGGUGACCCACUGAUUUGCAAAAAGAAACCUUCAGAGGAGUUACUUACGGUCAGAGGGCAGGAAAAGUGGUUUUCACAGGUGCCAAGUGAGGUAGGUGGUAAUAAAAUUCAGUCUCUAGUAAAUAAUGCUGUUAGGGUAGUGCUUCAUUUUUAUAAACUAAAGGAGAAUCAUACUAUAGGGGAAGUUAGAUACCCUCAAGUAUUAUGUUAUUAAAUGUGUAGUCGUCUAUCAAUUUUUUAAGUUCCAACAUAAUCUUUUCAUGUAAAUUAAAAGAUUACAGGAUGAUGUAUAGUGUAUACCUCUUAUGUGGUCUAGCACAUGAAUCUCCGUAGGAAAAAGAGGAGAGCGGAAAUGACUAGAAGAAAUAAAGUAAAAUUAAGUGAGUUCAUAAGGUCAAUUGGUACCAUAUAAUGACGCAAAUGCUGAUACUAGAAGCUCUUAACAUUUGGCUUUGACGAAUAACAAUGAUAAUUAUCAAUGAUCCUCUCCCCCUGUGGGGCUAUCCAGAGAUAAUGAAACAAAUAAUUUAAAUGAAACAUAACAUGGUUAAAAAUCCCAACCGGUUGGAGACAAACUAGUUGUCUAUUUACAAGCGUGACCGAGGAUUUGAACUCGGGACUGCUAAGAACAAAUCCAGCAAGCGGUCAGGGCGGGACUUAGUUAAACUCGGAGCGUCCGAAUUACACUCAACUCCCUUUUAUAGCGGACACUGUAGGGACCUCGAAUUCGUGUCCUGAUUAGAGAGAGUCCAUAAUAUCAGGAGUUUAUUUCAGUCAAACGUCUGUAAUUUGUUUUUGCUGGGGAUUUAGCUGCUGUCCAUUUUAUCGGGGUGUCAGUUAUAGCGGUGUGUCCGCAAGGCGAGAGUUGACUGUAGAAGUCCACCCCCUAACCAAUCGAUCACCCGCCUUCUCUUCUUAACAAUGGUUAGUUUUCAAGCUUCAGCCUUUGAAUCUCGACACAGGUGGAAAUUGGCCUCAUCGACUUUGUUCUUCAAUGAAUUUGUGUAUCGUACAGUGCCUGUAGUACUCUUAAUCUUGUGCGUGCAUUGCUUUGCUGUCAAACCUUCGUAUCAUCAUUGUCAUUUUAUGCAGCAGAAGCUUUCACAUUUAACAUGACUUAUGUACUGGUUCUUUUUAAAGACACAAUUAUUGGCCUGCUGGCAUAGGAGUUGGUAUUUAUGAUUUCGUUUAAUCUUAGGUCGCGUUUUUUUCUUAACAUGCUUUUUCUUAGCUAUUUUUGGCAUCUUUAAUUUGUUGAUAUCAUGUUGUGCAUCAUGUUUAAAUCAAAAUGUCAAUUGUAGGCACCCAGACAGAAUUGUUAUUCACCAUUUCCACAUAGGUCAUAAUACACCUUGUUCCGCACCCCCCCCCCCCCCCCCCCCCUACAAAAAAAAUUGCAUAACCAUUGUCGUCGAUCUCUCUUGGGACGACUGUUAAUGCCCAGGAGAAAUUGGACACAAAAGUUAUGCAAAGUUUUUUGAGGGGGGUGAGGGGGGGGGAGGUAAACAGGAUGCAUUAUCGUCUAUGUAAAAAUAGUCAAUUCUAAAAUGCGCGUUUUGUUUCCCUAACAGGAAGUGCAUACUCCAUCACCUGAUACUGCACAAAGUCACCCAGGUCGUUCAAUCCUGAAAGUUGCUCUUCUGGCUAAUGAAUGGGGGUCAUCUAAGGGUGGGUUGUCAACAAUAAACAGAACACUUGCCAUACAUUUGGCAAAACACGCAAACGUAGAAGUUACAAUUCUUGUACCUGAAUCUGAGUGUGACGAAGAAGACAAGAGAACUGCCAGAACUUACAACAUUGCCAUUAAGGAAGUACAGCGUCGCCCUGCCUUCAAUGAUCCUCUUGAUUGGUUGAGCUUUCCACCAAAGGACCUUGACAUUCAAGUUGUGAUUGGUCAUGGUGCAAAGGUCGGUAGACAAGCGCAAAUUAUCAGAGAGUCUCAUUCCUGCAAGUGGAUGCAAUUUGUGCACACUGAACCUGAAGAGCUGGCAAUGCAUAAGAACUAUGCUAACGCCAUUGCCAAAGGGGAAGGAAAGAACAGAGCUGAAGUUGAGUUGUGCCAAAUUGCAGAUCUCGUUGUGGCAGUUGGACCCAAGCUGAAGGAAGCGUUCUCGUCCAAACUGCGUUCAUCUCAUCGAGAUGUCUUUCAAUUAAUACCAGGUUCCUUUGCAGAGUUUUCAGAUACUAAACCUGCUACACAAGAUAGUGUGAAAUUCAGAGUGUUAACCUUUGGCCGUGGGGAUUAUGAGGACUUCAGUCUCAAAGGAUAUGACAUUGCUGCUAAAGCCAUUGUUGAGCUUCAGGAUAGUUCUUACCGUCUGCUUUUUGUUGGUGCUCCUGAUGGAAAGCAGGAUGAAGUGGCAGAAAUCUUACUUCAGACUGGCAUUUCAAAGAACCAGCUGACUGUCAGAUCAUUUGUACAAAGCAAGGAAAGAUUGAAAGAGUUGUUUUGCGAAGUCGAUGUGGCCAUCAUGCCUUCAAGAACUGAAGGAUUUGGGUUGACAGCACUGGAAGCGAUGUCAGCUGGUCUUCCCAUUCUGGUUAGUGGAAACUCCGGAUUUGGAGAAACACUGCGUGGUCUUACUGAGGGCAAGUCACUUGUGAUCGAUUCUGAUGACCCCAAGGAAUGGGCAAAGGCAAUUGGUGCCAUCCGUCGAAAACCUUGGAUACAGCGGCUGGAGGAAAUCCGAGGAGUGCGAGAAGUUUAUGAAGAGAAGUUCAGUUGGAAACAACAGUGCCAGCUGCUUGUUGAAAAGAUGUGGAAGAUGGUUUAUGGUAAGUAAUCAAAGUUAUCUUAAAUUAACUAAUGAAUUUUAAUUAAUAAUUAAACUGUGUAGUGUGCAAAUUCAUACUGUCAUGUUUGGACUGACUGGCCGGCACCAAAUGGCAACACACCAGCUCACUUGAAAUGUCAUCUCAAGGUACUUGGUGGUCGGCUGCUAGGCCAGUCACUUAUUUGAAGUUCUACGGCGUUACCAUCGUUAUAUUACUCCUGUGUGGGUGUACGACUUGAGAGGUCUCCUGCUGUUACAUAAAAAAGAAACAAGAAAUAUCUCGAUUCACCUUAGGCAACCGAUAUCAAGACAAAGUCACCACUGAGCUUGCGUUCCUCAUGGGUUAGGCAACUUACAGUUACACUUUCGUCAAGGCAUCAUCAAACUGAACUGGUCUAAUAUACAAAUACUUAUUGUUCUGUGGAUUUUGCCUAUGAGAACAUUAAAAUAUAAAGAUUACAUUAUACAUCUAUUCAUAACUCGGGAAAACUUAUUUGUUGCCAAAACAGUUGGUAUUAAAUCGACGUCAAGACUUCGUGUUGCCUCGUCUAUGUAGUGCCGUGAACAUUGGCAUGCUGUUAACUUAAGGUGCGUUUCCUAUUGCGUCACACAUUUGGUAGAAUAGGUUCGUGUUAGUGAAAUUAACUUCGUCUGUAAAAAUCCGUUGGUUAAACAAGUAAAAAGUGUCCGUUAUUAUCGAAUUAAAUAAAGAGACACUGUCAGGGGUUUCCCUAGGGACAAAGGAUACAACCCAUAAUAAUGAGGUGUCUGUAAAGUGGGUUUCGACUGUAAUUCGUUACCUGUUUGAACAGUGCACGCGUUACUCCAAUGUCAAGUUUAUUUUUAUAGAAGAGUGACUUCAUUUUUACUGUCUAUUUUUGUAGAAGAGUGACAUCAUUUUACCCUGAUUUUUACUUUACACCAAAGUAAUUGAAAGGAAAUGAUCCUUCCAUGAUAUUGUUGUUGUAUCGGAAACGUGAUAAGGUGGCUUUAAACCUGAGUGACACCCUCUGGUAUUUGUAAGCACCACACCUCUUCACAGGGAAUAAUUUUGUACUUUUGUUACUUACAGGUGACUUUACAUUCCACCCACUUCGGCAAAUCCAGUUAGACGCACGCAGUGAGACCAGCCAAACUGAACUGUCACUGAAUUUAAAGAGGACUGCUCAAGAGAAAGGCUUUGUGAUUUCUGACAAUCAAGGAGAGGGCAACUGCAUGUUUUUUGCUCUUUCAGAACAGCUUGAUGUCGUAAAAGGAAUGAGGAUGUCUCAUGAAGAGAUACGGCGAACUGUGGUCCAUUAUCUUAUGGACCACCCUACGCUGGUAAGUUAAAUCAUAGCACUAACUUAGCUUUGUUAACGGUAUUUUACAACUUACAUGAACACCAUCAGGGGCACCCAACGUCAAUUUUCGGAAAAUAUCUGUUCGGAAUAUGAUUUGAGAUCUAGAAUUUUCGGAACAUUUUUUGUAAAAUUUCUUGCUUGCCUGGCUCUCCUAGGAUUUUCGAACAUCUAAAAAAUGGUCUAAUUGCCCCUUUUUAACGGAUUUUUAUCCUAAAAAGGUCACCUAGACGCUUUUUUUCUGGCUGAACUUUUCGAAAAGGUAAGUUUUGAUCCCGAUAAUUUUCGGAUCACUAGACUUUCAGCUGGGAAAUCCAAACAGAUGAAAAAUUUUUAGGGGAUAAAAAUAUGCCCAUAUCUAUCGUUUAAUUACUAAAAUACCUUCAACAGUGCUAUAAGUAGUUUUAAACUAUAUUCUCGUUGGGUGCCCGCCCCUGCACCAUGACAUUGUGAGCCGAUGUUGUGACUGUUGUAACUGCCCCCUCCCUGUUACAACAUUGAUAUGAGGUAGUGUGAUCAAAAUGAAGUGUUGAAGUUUUAUUGUCACAUCAUCGUCAGUAACACUUUUCUUUUGUUCUGGAGAUGUAAACGCUUUUUCAACAACUCUCACAGCAAAUAUAAUUGUACUCUUGCAUCCUUUAUUGAAAUUUUUUUUGUUUGUUUGAUCCGCAUAAUUAUUUAUGAGAAUUUUGUGGCUUUUAGAACGAUACUAAUGUUCUGUAUGACACAAGAGUAGAACGAAGAAACAAUUUGACCCAGACAGGAUUCGAGCGCGUGUCCCACAAUAUUGAAUGAUUUCUUAUGCAUCCUGUUUUAUGACAAUGGAAAAUGAAUCAUCUUUCAGCCUCACCAUUUUUCCACCAAUUUUGACAGUUAUUUGUAAAAAUAAGCAUUUGAAUGUUCUUGUUUGGAAUUGGUCUUGCUGUUCAUCUGAGAACAGCGGAAUUCAAUUUCAGAUUGGGCUUCCGUGCUUCAUGAACUCCAGUAGAGGUCAUAGACUAUAUUGAAAAUGGUGGCAAAUAAAGUCAUUUCUUGUCUGCAUGAUAUUUACCCCUCAAUGCCUCGUUUCAAGGUACAAUUUGGCGAAAAUAGAUCCAAUUAACAUAAAAAGUAAACAAUUAUAUUGCCCGCAUUUUGGAAUAAUAUGUAUAGUUUGGUGAAGAACACAAAAUAUUCUUUCCGGAAACAAAAUAGAAAUAGACUCAGAGUCGAAGUUUUACUGACAUCAUGUUCCCCAGGACGAAAUCGGGCAAAACAUGGAGACUCGAGAGAGAUCAAAACUAAGACUUCGUUUACACGGGUCGGGACGAAUUCUUCUACAGAUUGCAGUACUUUUCGCAUGAGUCCACAGAAAUUUUUGCGCAGUUUCAGCACUGGAAUGGCUUUUUUGAAUCUCCUCAGCGUUGCAUUCAACCAAUCAUUUUACACUGAGUCCAGAUUGCGGUUUACGCAACAGGACGGUAGAAAGAGGAGGACAGCAAAACGCUUGUGUGGCAAAGGUGACAGGACUAUGUGUUGUCGUAAUCUUCACUAAAUAUCAAUGUUUUUCGGUCUUUUGCAAAAAGAUCUGUUUAAAGGAAGAUGAAGUUUGAGGCAAUUUUUUUUCAAACAAAAUUAUUGUCACGCUUGUCAGACAAGGUUUGUCGUCUUCCUUGCUCGCCCGCCCUGUUGCGUGUUCACAUACUAAAAUGGCUGCAACAGUAAAAAAUUUAACUUUUACAGACGAAGAAUUGCCACUCCACGUCCUUGUGGGCUAUAAACAGAAAAUGAAGGCGAAAGCGUUGAUUGGGAGACAGUAAAAGCAAAGUGGGAUGAGCUCAACAAAAAGUUUAUCGAAAAAUAUCACAAAAACUUUCAGGAAGAGUUUCUGCAAGGAGUCUGCAAACAACAGGAACAACAACAUUUCUGACUUAUCUUGAGCUCUUUCUGUAAUCAAGGCCGCAAAUCGGCAGAUCAACUUACGUCACUUAUCAAAGGCGCAUAACUAGGCUCCAGGUUUUUACCGCACAAACUGUGCAAAAACUUGCACGGUUAACAAGAGCCCGCGUAAAAGUGGAACCGUUCGGUCAUCAAUUUUGACUUUCUUCUGAUCAGGUCAAAAACUUGCACACGUUGCCGUUCAAAAACUUUCACGGUUCCGCGGUUCCCGUGUAAACAAAAGACGAUCCGUGUAAAGUUUUGUUUUUUCAAAAAUUAGUCCAGCCCCGUCAGUAAACGGAGCCUAACUGUUGAGGCACCUGAAAAAAAAUGUGCUUUGUUUUAGUGACAAGAACAUAAGGAAACAAGCGACUACUUUGACACAUUUAUCCAGCGUGGUAAAUGAAUUGCAUGAUACUACUAUACAUGCGACUUUACAGUGUGUGUUGUAAUUCUUUCCCCAAUAAACGUCACAUUUUUAAUGGCACUACAUAAAGAAGCAGAGUUAAUAACUACACUUUAUUUUGUGUCUUGCAGCCAGAUGGGACAGAGCUUUUCCAAUUUGUUGAUGGAUAUUCAUCUUGGGAAGCUUACCUUACAAGCAUGAUGACAAAUGGUACAUGGGGUGAUCACAUGAUACUCCAUGGUGCGGCAAACUGCUUUGAAACAUGCAUUCACGUAAUCAGCAGUCUUUCGCAUCAUAAUGAGGUAAUGAUUUGCCCAGAGUAUGAUGAUACUGGUAACAACCGGCUUGUGCUGGGUCACGUGCAUGAGCUUCAUUACGUUAGCCUUCGUCCGGUUUGA